AUGGAAAAAGAAGACGACGAAUUUCCUUUGGAGGGGAAGGAUAAAAUCGUAGAUUCUAACAAUAGGGUGAAAGAGCUGAAACUUUUCACGGCGACAUGCAGCAUGGAUCGUUACGAUGUCAGUAUCAUGAUUAAAAAGGGUCCUGGAAUAACGGAAGAUACAUACAAUCUCAUGAAGGACUUCCAACAUAACACAAUCAUACCACAUCGCAACUUCUACCGCGACCGCGACAGCAAUCAAGGAAGGUUAGCUAUACCUGAUGCAGGAACAUCAUUCAAGUCCUGGGUAGGAAGCAGUGAAGGGAAAGAUCUUCUGAUUGAUGGAAAUGGAAACAUGUCAUCAUUGUUCAAAAGUAUGAUAAUUGAUAUUUGUGAUGCUGUGGAGAAAUCAUCUGCAAAGGGGAUUCUGAUAAAAAAAACCUUGAUUGGAAUAAUCUUUACAUUGCAAAGGAAACAACUCAGAGGAUUCUUCUCCUAG